AUGAAUGCCCUUGUAGCUAUGCUGCAUUUUUGUGAAGUGCAUGGUCCUCGGGUCGUCUUUUGUACACAAGCAACACAUCAUCACCACCUUGACGCAAAUAAUCCUCACAACACUGCACCCAUCCCUAUUCCUAAUGCAAAUCAUUCAACUACAACGAUAAUGGAUCCACCCAUUAGCUCUUUAUCUUCUCAACUAUCCUCGCUUGUACGUAAAGAAACCUCAUCAUCAGCUCCUCCUCCUCCUCCUCCUCCCGUUACAACUCAAUCAACAUGCGCAGCAUGUACGGCUCAAAUGCCUAUCAUUCUAUCCACCAAAAAUGGGCCAGCGCUGGAAGCUAAACGCAUGAUUGUACACGAUGAUGAUAACCCCACUGUUGCAUACAUCGGCACCCCAUCACCACAACAUUUGCAGCUGUACAAGGCCGCACGAUUGGCUUGUGUUCGAAGCUUGACAACUGAGCUUUGUCCAGGACGUGAAGGUCCCGUUUUAUUUGGUGAUGACGAGAAUGGCUAUGCGUUGAGCUACUUAUUCAAGCUACAUGAUGCCUAUGCAAGAGGCGAGACAAGGUUUUAUUCAUUGAUGGUCCUCAUGACUGAUCGGGUGUUUCUAAUAUCGUGUUGGCCAUUCUUUGUCAGCGAAUUCAAAUCGAUGGCUGUCAAUCUUCAAAGUCGAGCCAACACCGUGUUUCAGCGUGAAAAGGAAAUCCGGCAACAGCCUCACUAUUCUGCGUUUCGCCGUGCCGUGACGCCCAUGUCACAAGAUCCCUUUUUUCGUCGCCGUAGCCACACUGCAUUAAGGUCAUUGGUUGAUUUACUUGGCAUAAAGGAUAUCUAUCCACAAAUCCAUGCUCAAUUCAGCUAUAUCCUAAAACGAUCAGCGCGAAAGCGAAUGGAAAAAAUAACGAGUGGGAGAAGCGCUAGUACAGAAUAUCUUGUGAUGCGUGACCAGUACUAUGCAAAACGACGACAACAACAACGACGACAUGAGAAACAAACAACGACCCAUCAUCCCGUUACUAUAACCACCACAACCACCAAAUCGCCAGCUCUUGCAGCAGCACCACCUUCACCUCUUCCACAAUACUCGUAA